CACAGAGCAUUAGGACACAGGAUGUCUGAGGUAGGACUUGAGAAGAUGAGUGAUUUGAAGGAAGAGGAGGCCUGUCUGUCUAUGAGGAGUGACCGGUCCAUAGUGGAACCUCCAUUCUUCAGUAAUGAACCUGGACCCUCAGGCACAAAAGUUCAGUACAGGAGAGCAGAGUCUGUAUUAUCCGGCUGCCUGUCUAUGAGGAGUGACCGGUCCAUAGUGGAACCUCCAUUCUUCAGUAAUGAACCUGGACCUUCAGGCACAAAAUGGCAGAGGAGGAGGAAUGAUUCUAUGGAGCAACAGUCGUCCAGAUCCAGAACAAGUCCGACCAGCACUGUACUAAUGAUUGGUGGUCAGCAUAAACAUAAGAUCAGUCUGAAGAGGAUAUAUAAAUGUGUGACUGAAGGAACUGAAUGUGUGACCGAAGGAACUAGUGAAACAAGAAGUGAAACAUCCUUCAACAGGAUCUACACUGAGGUCUACAUUACAGAGGGACAGAGUGAAGAGGUUAAUACCCAACAUGAGGUAGUGCAGCUUGAGACAGCUUCCAAGAGGAGGAUCCUCAAUGACACUCCAAUCAAGUGCCGCGACAUCUUUGAGGCCUUACCUGACCAACAGAAACGAAUCAGGGUUGUUCUGAUGAACGGUGUUGCUGGCGUUGGAAAAACCUUCUCAGUGCAGAAGUUCAUUCUGGACUGGGCAGAGGGUUUGGAAAACCAAGAUAUCAGUCUGGUGAUUCCGCUUUAUUUCAGGGAGCUGAACUUGAUCAAAGAUGAGCAGUACAGUCUUCUCGAGCUGCUUCACGUUUUCCAUCCGGCAUUACAGGAGGUCACAGCAGAGCAUCUCGCUGGCUGUAAAGUUCUGUUCAUCUUUGACGGCCUGGAUGAAAGCAGACUUUCACUGGAUUUUAAGAACAGGAAGGUUAUGUCUGAUGUCACACAGAAGUCAUCAGUCAACCUGCUGUUGACAAACCUCAUCAUGGGGAACCUGCUUCCCUCUGCUCUCGUCUGGAUAACUUCCCGACCUGCAGCAGCCAAUCAGAUCCCUCCUGAAUGUGUUGACAGGGUAACAGAAGUACGAGGCUUCACUGAACCCCAGAAGGAUGAGUACUUCAGGAGGAGAGUCAGUGGAGAGCUGUCCAGCACGAUCAUCUCACACGUCAAGACAUGCAGGAGCCUCAACAUCAUGUGUCUGCUCCCAGUCUUCUGCUGGAUCACCGCUACUGUUCUUCUCUACAUGUUAACUACAGACUCGAGAGGAGACCUGCCCAAGACGCUGACUGACAUGUACUCACACUUCCUUUUGGUUCAGACAAAGAGGAAGAAUCAGAAGUAUGAUAAGAAACAAAAAAAGAGUCCACAGGAGCUGACGGAGGCUGACAGGGAAUUUCUUCGGAAGCUGGGUAGGCUGGCAUUUGAGGAGCUACAGAAAGGAAACAUCAUGUUUUACCAAGAAGACUUGCAGCGGUGUGGUCUUGAUGUCACAGAGGCCUUGGUGUACUCCGGAGUUUGUACAGAGAUCUUCAAAAGAGAGAGUGUGAUCUUCGAGGAAACUGUCUACUGCUUCGUUCAUCUGAGCAUUCAAGAGUUUCUAGCUGCAGUCUAUAUGUACCACUGUUACACUAACAGCAACACAGAGGUACUGGAGGACUUCCUUGGGAAAGACUGGAAAUCCAAUAACAGUGACUCAUCCCUGGAUGUCUUCCUUAAGAGAGCCAUGGAGAAAUCCCUUGAAAGUAAAAAUGGCCACCUGGACCUGUUUGUCCGCUUCCUUCAUGGCCUCUCUCUGGAGUCCAACCAGAGACUCUUACGUGGCCUGCUGGGUCGGACAGACAGCAGUCCAGAAAUCAUCCAGAGAGCCAUGAACAACCUCAAGGAGAUGAACAAUUAUGAGGUCUCUCCUGACAGAAACAUCAACAUCUUCCACUGUCUGACGGAGAUGAACGACCACUCAGUACAGCAGGAGAUCCAGGAGUUCCUGAAGUUAGAGAACAAAUCAGAGAAGUCACUCUCUGAGAUCCACUGCUCAGCUCUGGCCUACAUGAUGCAGAUGUCAGAGGAGGUUCUGGAUGAGUUGGACCUGCAGAAGUACAACGCAACACAGGAUGGACGACAGAGACUGAUUCCAGCUGUGAGGAAUUGCAGAAAGGCUCGGCUGUGGGGCUGCAGUUUGUCAGAGGUUGGCUGUGCUUCUCUGGUCGCAGCUUUGAAUUUCAACCCCUCCCAUCUGAGAGAGCUGGAGCUGAGCUUCCUCCACGUGCUUGCUUCAGGAGUGAAACAUCUGUCUGCUGGACUGGAGAGUCCACAAUGUAAAUUGGAGACUCUGAAAUUGAGUAGUGGCAGUUUGUCAGAGGUCAACUGUGCUUCUUUGGCCUCAGCUCUGAAGUCCAACCCCUCCCAUCUGAGGCAGCUGGACCUUAGUAAUAUCAAUCUGGGAGAUUCUGCUGCGAAGCUGCUGUGUGAUCUUGUGGAGAGUCCACAUUGUAGACUGAAGACUCUGGGAUUGAAAAGCUGCAAUUUAUCAGAGAUCAGCUGUGCUUCUCUGGCUUCAGCUCUGAAGACCAACCCCUCCCAUCUGAGCGAAUUGGACCUUAGUGAAAACAGACUGCAUGAUUCAGGAGUGAAGCUGCUGUGUGGUUUUCUGGAGAGACCAUACUGUAGACUGAAGACUCUGAGAUUGUGGUGCUGCAGUUUGUCAGAAGUCAGCUGUUCUUCUCUGGCUUCAGCUCUGAAGUCCAAUCCCUCCCAUCUGAGGGAGCUAGAGCUGAGAGACAACAAGCUGAAGGAUUCAGGAGUGAAGCUGCUGUGUGAUUUUCUGGAAAGUCCACACUGUAAACUGGAGACUCUGGGAUUGAGUUCCUGCAGUUUGUCAGAGAUCAGCUGUGCUUCUCUGGCCUCAGCUCUGAAGUCUAACCCCUCCCAUCUAAGAGAGCUGGAUCUGAGAGGAAACGCACUGCAGGAUUUAGGAGUUAAGCUGCUGAGUGAUCUGAAGAAGAGUCCGCACUGUAAACUGGAGACUCUGAGAUGGAAGUUUACUCACUAACAGUGAUCAGAAAGAUGGAUGUGUUGAGAGGCUAAGCUGUGUCCUGAUGAUCCAGAGAGGUUAAGCAGCCUCAGCUCUGACUGGGUCAAAUUACUGGGAUGACUGGGAUCUCAGAGGGAUGACUGCUCUGAGAUCAGCUCCACGGUCCACCAUCAUCAUCAUCAUCAUCAUCAUCAUCAUCAUCAUCAUCAUCAUCAUCAUCAUCAUCCCUGUGUGUUCCUCUGGAUCUGUAUCAUCAGUGUAUCAGGACUGGUCUGCUGCUGCUCUGUCCUACACGGUCUCUGCAGACACACUAAGACUCUUCCACGUCUUCUGCUUCACACUCAUUCAACUCAUACACCUGGACAAGAAGAUAAAACCUGUAGAAAGUGUGGAUUUAAUCAAAGCUCACUGAAGUCUAAAAACUAAAACACCAUUCUGUCUCUUGUUUUUGUAAAAACACUGAAUAUCAGCAGACUUUUAAUAAUAUAAUUGGUUAAGAAUAAGAAAAAGUCAGUUAAAAGUACAGACUCCAAACAUUUAUCACUGUUAUUAGUGAAAGAUUCUAUUUCAAUUUUCUUAUUUAUUUUUUUAUUUUUUACAGUACUUAAAUAUCGGUGAAGGUUAGCACUUGCAGAGGGUGUUUGGUGUUUUAAGCCCCCAACAUCUCCUUCCAGGCAGCGCUGCGACCGUUGACUUCAAGGCACCUAACCUUAACCCUAACCAUAACCAUCAUAGAUAUAGAACAUAUCUAUGAUAACCAUAGCCAUAACCAUAGCCAUUGCCUAAUCGACUUCAAGGCAGUGCUGCGACCGUUGACUUCAAGGCACCUAAC